AAAAGCUUUUCUUAAACCAUUUAUAUAUCAAUGCAGUCCUUAAAACAGUGUUAGAUAAAUAUAAUUUCAAAGCAGGAGUAUUUUACUUGAUAACGUGGGAUAUUUCACAAGAGAGGAUGGUUCCAAUAUAAACAGGGAGGAAGUGUUGCUUAAUUAAUACAUUAUGGACCUUGAUAUCAUAAAUUUUCUAUUUAUCUUCAGCCGGUUACUUCUCAAUUCUCAACAAUAUGAAAAUCUUGCCAGGGGAAAAAUUGUGACGGUCAGUAGUAGAUACAAUGAUGGAUACUUUUCACCAAGUAAAGCUGUGGACGGGGACAAGAGUACAUACCUACUGGACUGUGCACUGACAGCUUCCGGUCAGAAGGAGGCGUGGUUAACAGUGGACUUAGGAGAGAAGAAAAAUAUUGCAUCAAUAUCAAUCUUACAUGGGGGUUUGGGUCACAAUGCCAUCUCAAUAAGAUCUGCUGACUCUGGUCUCUUUCCGGAUUCAAAAAGAAACGGAACAGUGUUUGCUGCCAGUCCAUUAAGAAGGGUUUGUUCAAAUAGCUUUGAUGAAAAUGAUGCACAGGUCGUUUGCUUGGCUUGGGGAUUUUUACCAGAUAAUCCAUCUUAUAACGUAGCUGAAGAUAAUUCAUCGACUGCAUUUUAUGAGAAUGUCUUGAACUGUACAGGCAAUGAAGUUAACAUAAAUACAUGUCCAAAAGGACCAUCUGGCUGUCCAUCAGGAUCUCAUGUAGCUGUAAAAUGUCAAAAAGGCAACACCUUGUCUGGAUUUUCUGUGUAUGUAUCUGAUACAGAAGACUGGAGGUCAGGAACUCUCUGUUAUCAACAUAACAUUCAACAAAUACAACAGAAUAACAUAAAUUUUGAUUGUGUAACUUCUGGUCGUUACGUCACUGUUUACAAUACAAGGAAAAAAACGUCAUUUCCUAAUGUAUCCGAAUUCUCAUAUAUGAAUAUGUGCGAAAUAGAAGUUAAAGGAUGUGACCUGGGAUUUCACGGAGAAAACUGCACCCGGUGUCCUCCGAACUGUAUGAAUAACACAUGCCAUUUUCAGAUUGGAGAAUGUUUUGAAUGUAACGAUGGAUACAUUGGGCGGUAUUGUGAAACAGAAUGCCAAGCUGGUAAAUAUGGACAAGGAUGUUCUGUCCAAUGUGGACAGUGUAUCGAUGAUAAACAAUGUCACCAUGUGAAUGGCUCAUGCCCUGGAGAUUGUUCUCCAGGAUGGAAGGGAGAUAAAUGUGAUCAAAAAUGUCAGCAUGGCUUCUUCGGUCAAAAUUGUAAUACUUCUUGCCACAAUGUUAACUGUAAUAACAUUACAUCAUGUGACGCUGUCACUGGGGAGUGUUCAGAAGGCUGUGUUGAGGGUUGGGCUGGGAGGACAUGUGAUGAAUGUGACCAAGGUUUCUAUGGACGACUGUGUAAUAUGACAUGUAGUGAAUUCUGCAGGGGAGGACUCUGUGAUCCUACAACAGGUCAAUGCAAUGGCUGUGUCGAUGGAAGAUCAGGAUUCUUCUGUGAAACAGAAGUGGUAGUGAAUAAUGCUGGUGCAGUUGUAUCUGAGGAAGCGCCCUUCCUGAUGAUUGGUGCGGCGGUCGGGGCCCUUGUCCUGAUAUUACUGGUACUCCUCAUCAUCUGCCUGAUUGUAAGACGGAAAAGAAGACUCGACACAAAGACAGAAGACGCCAUUGGACUACAAACACAGAUCACCCCGACAUCAGAGAGAAGAGUUAAUUAUUACUUAGAUCAAAUUGACCAGGAAGGAAAAGGAGAUCAGGCAAACGUUUAUUACAAUGUUAGUUAUGUCGUCAACUCAGAGCAGCAAGAAGAAUCGGAGCAAGAAGAAACUGAAAGUGAGAUAGAAACAGGAGAUGACCUACAAGAAAUCGAGCUUAUAAGUGAAAAUUUAGGGGACAUUCCCGUGAAUGAGCUGUACGAUUACAUAUUAAGGAAGCACGAAAAUACAGAAGAAGGCUUUAAGGCUGAAUUUAAA